AUGACGGAAUGGAGAGCCAAUCCUGACUAUCCGAAUCAUCCGCCGCCUGAGAAUGAUGAGCAAGCAAGGAAAGAAUUCUACGUGAAAUGCGACAAAUUUGCGCCGCGCAGAAUGGGUCGCAUUCUAUUCACGAGUGGUUCAUCAUUGGCUUCGCGUAUUACGCAGCAGUAUAGGCACUCCAAUCUCAAGAUAUCAGUAGGCAUCCCAAAGGGGAAGAGAUUAUAA